CCAUAGCAACCCCAUUCCCCAAGCCCUCUGUCCGUCUCCUCUGGUAGGCUCCACAAUGGUACAGGCAGCCUCCCGCUGCACAAUGGUUUCCAGGCAGUGAGAGAGGGUGAUUCUGCAAGUCACUCUUUUCAAACCGCCCGUCUCUUUUUAUUUUUAUGGGAGUGGGUGGUGCUUCAUAUAUUAUAUGCUUACCUUUUUUUUUCCUAUUUUCUUUUUUUGCAAAUUUUCUUUCUCUUCCUCACUUCUCAGUUCCCAGGGGCUUGAGUGAGAUAAAGAUUGGGUCUUCUUGAAAAUCACCUGUCUGUUAUUAUUUUUAAACAAUCUCCACACCUCCCGAGACUCUCCUCCUUAUUCUGGUUUGGAAUGUGGCUAAUGAAAACCCAGUAGGGAGGAUUUCUGAGGCAAGCAUCCGGACCAAGAUCCUAGUUCUCAAGCACGGAAUGGCUAGUGUGAGAACACCACCGGCAGGACCCUCUCAGAUCUUGGUUAUGGCAAUUCAUGCAAGAAGCUGUUGAAUUAGACCCCUUUCCUAUAGAUGAGAAACCACACAAGCAGUGGUAUUUAUGAGCCUCCAUUUCUUGUACUACUGCAGUGAACCAACCUUGGAUGUGAAAAUCGCCUUUUGCCAGGGAUUCGAUAGACACGUGGAUGUGUCAUAUAUUGCCAAACAUUACAACAUGAGUAAAAGCAAAGUAGACAACCAGUUCUACAGUGUGGAAGUAGGAGACUCGACCUUCACCGUUCUCAAGCGCUACCAGAACCUGAAGCCGAUUGGCUCUGGGGCUCAGGGAAUAGUUUGUGCUGCAUACGAUGCUGUCCUCGACAGAAAUGUGGCCAUUAAGAAGCUCAGCCGACCCUUCCAGAACCAAACUCACGCCAAGAGGGCUUACCGGGAGCUGGUCCUCAUGAAGUGUGUGAACCAUAAAAACAUUAUUAGCUUAUUAAAUGUUUUCACACCUCAGAAAACACUGGAGGAGUUCCAAGAUGUUUACCUAGUGAUGGAACUGAUGGAUGCCAACUUGUGUCAGGUGAUUCAAAUGGAACUGGACCAUGAGCGGAUGUCUUAUUUGCUGUACCAGAUGUUGUGUGGCAUCAAGCAUCUCCACUCUGCUGGAAUUAUCCACAGGGACUUAAAACCCAGUAACAUUGUAGUCAAGUCUGAUUGCACUCUGAAAAUUCUUGACUUUGGACUGGCCAGGACAGCAGGCACGAGCUUUAUGAUGACUCCGUAUGUGGUGACACGCUAUUACAGAGCCCCUGAAGUCAUCCUGGGAAUGGGCUACAAGGAGAACGUUGACAUGUGGUCGGUAGGGUGCAUCAUGGGAGAAAUGGUCAAAGGUGCAGUGCUAUUUCCGGGCACUGAUCAUAUUGACCAGUGGAACAAAGUUAUCGAGCAGCUAGGAACUCCAUGUCCAGAAUUCAUGAAGAAAUUGCAGCCUACAGUCAGAAACUAUGUUGAGAAUCGGCCCAAGUAUGCUGGACUCACCUUCCCCAAGCUUUUUCCAGAUUCCCUUUUCCCAGCGGACUCCGAGCACAAUAAACUCAAAGCCAGCCAAGCCAGGGAUUUAUUGUCAAAGAUGUUAGUGAUCGACCCAGCUAAGAGGAUAUCUGUGGAUGAUGCCUUACAGCAUCCCUACAUCAACGUUUGGUAUGACCCAGCUGAAGUGGAGGCGCCUCCUCCUCAGAUAUAUGAUAAACAGCUGGAUGAGAGGGAGCACACCAUUGAAGAAUGGAAAGAACUUAUCUACAAGGAAGUAAUGAACUCAGAAGAAAAGACUAAAAAUGGCGUAGUGAAAGGACAACCCUCUCCUUCAGGUGCAGCAGUGAACAGCAGUGAGAGUCUCCCUCCAUCUUCGUCUGUCAACGACAUCUCCUCCAUGUCCACCGACCAGACCCUUGCAUCCGACACUGACAGCAGCCUGGAAGCCUCGGCAGGACCCCUGGGUUGUUGCAGGUGACUAGCCGCCUGCCUGCGAAACCCAGCGUUCUUCAGGAGAUGACAUGAUAGAACACAGCACACAUGCACAUGCACACACACACAGUUUGCACACACAUAUGCAUACACAAAGACACUCUCACACAUGCACAAAAACAUACACGUGAUGUCAAGAAAAUAGCAAGAGAGAGAUCCAACCUAAAAUUAAGAUAAAUCUUUCUGCCUGCUUCUCCAAAGUUCUGUAUCACAGCUAAGCUGAAAUGUAUACUUCUAGUUGCUCUUGCUUUGGUCUCCUCCAACAAUGCUUACUACACAAAAUAAAUCAGACACAAUUAGAGAAGCCUUUUCCCCAAAGUGUAAUUUAAAUGGCUGUGAAACCAGCAACCCGUUAGUGCCCUUCGAAUGGCAUGACAAGGUGUGCAGUGGCCCCAUCCAGCAUGUGUGUGUCUCUAUCUUGCAUCUACCUGCUCCUUUUGGCCUAGUCAGAUGGAUGUAGAUACAGAUCCGCAUGUGUCUGUAUUCACACAGCACUACUUAGAGAUGCUCCUGUCAGUGUCCUCAGGGCUCUACCAAGACACCAUGCACUGGGGUACCACAUGGUCCAUUUCAUGUGAUCUAUUACUCUGACAUAAAUCCAUCUGUAAUAUAUUUGCCAGUAUAUAAGCUGUUUAGUUUGUUAAUUGAUUAAGCUGUAUGUCUGAUAAGAAAAAUAUGUAAAGGGGGAAUAUGGGGGAGUGAACUCUCAGACCCUUGAAGAUGUAGCUUCCAAAUCUGAACUGAUUAAAUGGCACCUGUAUACCAAUUUGUAGAAAGAACAUAUGUGAUGCUUACGUACAGUGUGGGGGGAGGGAGGGAGCAGUAGCUUUCAGGAUUUAAAUAGCUUGGCCUUUAGAAGGACUAUGUGAGUCAAAGUCAAGGAUACUUUCUCUGGCAAUGGGUACGUAGCAGGGACUAGAGCACAGACUGUAUGUGUUCUGUUUUGCUGCAGUAUAGACUAUGGAUGAAAGGAAAUUGCUGCCUAGAUACUGGGAGACAACCAAUAUCCAUGUCUUAAAGAUUGGACACCAUUUGUCUUUUUAAAAUGUGUCAAAAUAUGUCGUUUCAAUGAUGUGUCAAAAGGGAAAGCUGCUGGAGAAAGGGGAAGGUGACGAGGCAGCAUCAUUGUACACACAUCCAAUGGUAUAAAAGCCCUUGCCUGAAACACGCUGGAAUCACCUCCAUGUGAUCUCCUUCAGAGAAGAUAGCUCUGCCUAGACCAAUUUGAGAUUGUAGGGUAUGUUUUCCACACGUGGGGUGCUUCCUAGAGUCAUCACCUGCCAAUAUUUCCAUUUCCUCUUCUGGAAUAGAAUAGAACAAAAUGGAAUCCCCAAAGCACAGAGUGAUCUUCAGGACAGCAUCUAUAAGCAUCUUCAUGGAUAUUAUUGUCCCUCAGAAGACUUGUCCCUCUGGGGGCUUUCCCCGACUCCUUGAUAUGACUGAUGUUUCAUACUUACUGAUUUAUUUUCAUAGAUGUGUGUAAUCUGAGAAGGGCUGAUAGUCUGACUUUUGUAUUGCAGUAGAUAUAUGAGAGCAAUAAUGCCGUGCCAACACAGCUCCUACUAGCUAGCAUUAGCAAUGACUUUGUCUUAAAGCCAUGAAGCGUUAGUAUGUUUAGAAAAAUCAUCUGAAUUUAGCUUAAAUCCACGGAAGAUCCUAUCCGAGCACUCAUGGAGGCACUGUGAACAAUCUUGGUUAUAUACAAGGCAAUGCCGGUGCAGCUUCUGAGCAAUAACAGGCACCAGGCCCCCGCUUCCCUUCUUCCUUCCCUGGGUGAAGCAUCCACCACAGCUGCACUCUGGCCAUUUUGGUGCUCACCCCUGUGGUGAUAUUUCACCUGAAGAAGAAGUGAAACACAUGAGUAGAUGAACGUGAUUGGCCUGGCCAAAGGAAAACCCUCAAGUGUGCAGAGUAAACAGCAAUGCCAGGGUUCUGCAAACUGCCUUAAAUACAACACCAGGGAAGCUCUUCUCCUUUCAAGCAAUAGAGUCAUUAGUAACCUCAGCUGCCCCCCCCCUGCCCCCACUGCAGUGAGGCUGAUCCUGGGAUUGCUUCCCACUGCGUGGUUCAUCACAAGAUGCGGUACUGAAAAGGGAGAGGAGGGGGAUGGUGGAGGGAGUGAGCUAGCUUUCUUGAGAUCUCCUCUGCAGCUCAUCCCCUGGAAUAAAGGUAUCUCAGUCUAUCCUUUUCCCAUUCUUUUUGGUUAACACUACAGGCAAACUGAUCUUUACAAAUGCUGACUCGUUCUCACAAGUUCACUCACUUUCCCUUCUGUCAUCUUUUUUUUUUUCUUCCUUUUUAAAGCUUACCUGUCUCCCUACUCUUCUCCUCUUUCUCUGUACUUGGCUUUUGUGUCUGUGAUCUCUGUACCCCUCCACUCUGUAUCAGACCAGAUUAAUGCAAAGAACAGACAAUGGCUCAGUGCCUUGAACAAACAAGUAUUGAAGGGGAUGUCCUUAGGCACAAGAUGGCAAUAAUGGACAGAGGACAGGCAGGGUUCUCAGCAGAAGGGCAGGAGAGCUGACCUUUGUCCCAGGUAGAGGAAGCAGACAAUACAGAUCACCUUCCUGCCCCUGCAGGGUGGCCUGGGCGCUACUAGUAUAUAAAUCAUUGCACUGCUGGGGACCUUUGGCCAGAGAUUCCCCUGUGGACAAGAACAUAGGAAAGAAAACCCUUGGGUUUUAAAUAGCAUAUCCAUGUAGAGAUGAGGGCUUGGCUUCUGGACUUCAUGAAGCAUUGGUUUUAGCUGAUCAAAGAGGAUAGAUGGGAGGUCUAACAACAAAGCAAAUCACCAUGGUGAAAGUUUCCCCUUCACAGCCGGGACCCCCUGAUAGUCUCUCCUUUGGCAGUGGUUAUACUAUGAGUAUUUUUGCAGUAUACAAUGAGUCCUCUUCUAGGUCUUCUUAGUAAAAACAAACAAACAAACAAGUAAGUGAAAAGCCAAAUACUGAUUUUAUGUGGCCACCCGUUACUCCCAAGGGUGUUCUUACUUGGGGGCAAGGAACUGUUCUGAGACCUGGACUGUGUUUGUGGAAGAACUGAAGGAGCUACAUGUGUUCAUAUUGCAACAGAAAAUUAGCAUUCUUAGGACUCAGACAUCUGUACUUUUAUAGGUAACUGGCUACACAGUGGUCCUUACUGUGUUCCGUUUCGUGGUAUUCUGUAGAAGGAUGGGUGUGGACCUUUGAACAGGAAGAAUUAAAUUGCUACCAUGUUACCUAUUUCUUUGCUACUUUAGGGUGUGUUUGGUGGGUCAGUGUACUCAUUUUUUCCAAUGGGAUACAUUGCCCUUAUAGCACAAUUGUUUCUUGUUCAAUAAAGUUUGGAAAUAGUAUGUCA